CGACAAAACAAUCCCAAGAAGCUCAGACAGUCCGUAGAGGGCUGGAAGCUGUGACCAAGCACAUGGAGCAGUUGUCCACGGCAACGAGCAAGUCAUGUACCAUGGCUCAACGCCACGCGGAUGCCAUAGGCCGGGCGGUGAAGAGACUUGCGGUGUUGAUAAAAGAUAUCCGAGAGCUCUUCAUUUUGUAAUGCUGAGCACUUCCCGAGACCUGUGGCUUUCUCUGACAUCCAGCCUAGUGUAGCAACAUGUUCCAAGGAGAUGCUGGAGGCAAUUGGGCGGAAUACGCUUUUACUACUUCACAUCGCCAACCAAAUGAAACGCGUCGUUCAAGCUAUUGAGGCUAUUCCGCGCCAUGUUGACGUUGAUGUCGUCCGCCGGGACGACGUUCUGGGCGACACAUGGGGCUUGCCACUUCAAGCCUGCAGGUCAUGGAAUUCCUUCGGCAACAUGCUUCAGCACGUAAUCUUUGCAGGGAGACCUGGGCUUCAACGAGUCAUCAACGGUCAAUUUGUUAUCACCCUCGCGGCAAGUGGCAUGAGAAUUGAUGAUUAUAACUGA